GUGCAGGCAUGAGCAACGUAAACCCUGUGACUCACCAGCCUUCUUUGCGCUCUGAGCCUCUGACAUUUGCAUUCCCCACAUCCGAGCACCUCCAUGUCCCCGCUCACCCACCUCUACAACUUCUUCCGACCACCCGCAUCCGCACCCUUGCCUCCCCCUGCACCCCAGUCGCAUGCCCCAGGUGCACUGGCCUCUCUCCUCGGGGUCGGCGUUGGCUCGAGCCUCAAGCUCCUGGUUCUGGGCUCGCUCGUUGAGACGGGACGGAGAGUGUUUCGCUGGCUUAUUGAGCGGUUUCGCAUACAGUACUGCACGACGCUUCGCUUCAAUGCUGGUGACCCGGCGUACGAAUGGGUUAUCCUGUUCCUGACACAAGAAAACAUCUGGCGCCGCUCGCGAGAUUUCGUUGUCUGCGCGCAGAACUCGCGCCGCAAGUGGUCCGUUCCGCCCCAGUCGAGCUCCGCCACCGCCACCGCCGCCGCUACUCCGGAAUCCUCCUCGACGUCCACCCCCUCUGCUCUGAUGCCCUCGCACGCCCACGCGGAAUACGUGCCGACGUUCUCGCACCCGCAGCUGUUCCGCUGGCGCACGCACUGGGUCGAGGUGACGCGCACGGGCAGCGCGUCGGGCUCCGGCUCAGACUCGCAGGCAGUUUAUAUGGGACCGACCGUGAUGCCUGCGCAGAGCGGGCAAGUCCUCGUAACAAUAUACACCCUUGACAUGUCCGUGAUGGCCGAGUUCGUCGAGGCGGCGAGGAGGAGAUACGUGGAGGUUAAUAAGCCGCAUGUCGUCGUGCAUCUGACUGACUCGCAUUACGGGCCCAAUCAUGUUUGGCCAACAGUGAAGCAUAAAACACGCAGGUCGCUUGACUCGGUCAUCCUGCCACCGGGUCGCCUUGCCUCAUUAAUGGAAGAUGUACGCGAGUUCUUGAGUGCUGAAACAUGGUACAUGGACGCAGGUAUUCCGCACCGAAGGGGAUAUCUGUUGUAUGGACCACCAGGGACCGGCAAAACUUCCACGAUAUAUGCCUUGGCCGGGGCUCUGAACCUCGAAAUCUACUCGCUCUCACUUGCGUCCCGUUUCGUGGACGACUCGUAUCUACAGCGGGCAGCGUCCGCGAUCCCAAAAAACGGAAUAUUCCUGAUUGAGGACAUCGAUUGUGCAUUCCCCUCCCGAGAGGCUGAGGACGAAAUCGAGCCUGCGCCGGGUAUGCGAGCACGUAAUGGGAUGCAGAACCGCAGCCGGCCGUCUGUGACGCUCUCGGGGCUACUAAACGUUAUCGACGGGGUGGGCAGCGAGGAGGGCAAGCUGUUCUUUGCCACGACCAACCACAUUGAGCGACUGGACGCAGCAUUCAUGCGCCCCGGUCGGAUAGAUGUGAAGAUCGAGUACGAGCUCGCUACGUCCGAACAGGCCGGUGCGCUGUUCCUCAAGUUCUUUCCCCCGGCUGCCUUCGAGCGCGAGCUGCCGGGCGUGGUGUCUCGCGGGCCGAGUUCCGCCGAUCAGUCCGAAGCCGAGGAGGAUUCGGAUACGGAGGCAGGGACCAGCGCAGUGCUUGUCCCCCGGCCGUUGACUAUGCUCACGGUGUCCCCGGAACUGCCGAGCAUGGUAAAGCUGGCGUCGGAGUUUUCGGCCGAAAUCCCGAAUGGGAGGUUCAGCACAGCCGAGCUGCAGGGAUAUCUCCAGGGAUACAGGACCCGGCCUGCUGAUGCGGUGCGGGGUGUCGCGGCCUGGGUUGAGGAUCUCAUGCGCUCGCGACAUGAGGAAACGGAGGCCACUAGGAUGCGGUCAAAUUGAACCUGAUCUGGUCGUGGACGAAUUUGGGGAGAUAAAAGUACCAUCUUUACUUAUUUACUGAUAAUAAUGUGGAUUCAGUUGAAUCAUCUUUCCUUAUUUGUGUGCUU